ACACCCAGGAGGGAGAAAACGGUCCUGGCGACCGGUGGUGUUCUCCGUGUGGCUGGGGGUCCCGGCUUUUCCGUCCUCACUGCAGCCCCUUCCCCAGGCCCCGGGCUUGCCCCCCUAAGGCCCCGGCGACCCCUCCCAGGCCCCCCAACUCCGACCCCCGGACCCCCCAACAUGUUGCUGCUCGUCUCCUCCCUGCUGCGGCUGGUCCUCAUUGCGGCCCGGGAUUCCCAUUGGACCUACGAAGGCCCUCACGGGCAGGACCGCUGGCCGGCGAGCUACCCCGACUGCGGGGGCGGCGCCCAGUCGCCCAUCGACAUCCGCACGGACAACGUCGUCUUCGACCCGGCCUUGGCCCCGCUGCAGCCGGAGGGCUACGACCGGCCCGGCCCGGGGCCACUGAUCCUCAAGAACAACGGCCACACUGUCCAGCUGUCCCUGCCGUCCACCCUGUGCCUCGGUGGCCUCCCGGGGACGUACGCGGCCGCCCAGCUCCACCUCCACUGGGGCCAGCCCGGACAGGCCGGAGGCGCCGAGCACCGCAUCGACGGCCGAGCGAGCGCCGCUGAGCUUCACGUGGUUCAUUACGACGCGGACACGUACGAGAGCCCGCAGGAGGCCGCGCGCCAGCCCCUGGGCCUGGCGGUCCUCGGGGUCCUCAUCGAGGUGGGGGACAGUGAGAACGAGGCCUACGAGCACAUCCUGAGCCACUUGCAGGAAAUCCGGUGGAGAGGGGAGGAGACGGAGGUGAAGCCUUUCGACGUGUCGGGCCUCCUUCCGCCGGACUUGGGGGAGUAUUACCGCUACAACGGUUCGCUCACUACACCUCCCUGCUACCAGAGCGUCCUCUGGACCGUGACCCGUCACCCCGUCCGACUGUCCCCCGGCCAGCUGGAGCGGCUGCAGUUGGCGUUGUUCUCCACGGAGGACGAGGAGCCCGGGCCCCCGCUGCCCCUGGUCCGCAACGUCCGGGACCCGCAACCCCUCAACUCCAGACGGGUCACCGCCUCCUUCCCCGACGAGGGCUCCUACUCCAUAGGCGAGCAGGUGGGCUGGGGCCUGGGGGUCGUGGCCGGCGUCGGCGUCCUCAUCGGCGUCCUCUUCUUCGUCCUCAGGAAGAUUCGGAAGAAGCAGCAGCGGGAAGACCCCAAGACCGUCGUGUUCACCUCCUCCAGUGGGACCACCGCUUAGCUGUGGAAGCCGCCCCUCUGGCAGGGGGCAAUGGGGGAGGCGGACCAGGCCCGGGCCGGUCGGGGGCAGAGGUGCCAA